UAGAAAAUCACAUGGAAAGAAAACAUAUUUAUAACCUCAAGAAAUGUCAAAAUGGCAUUUCAUUUAAGAAAAUUAUUAUCUUCCGAAUUAUACAAUUGUAGUCAAUUUAUUAGCGUUCGUCAUGGUCAUCAUUUAAGAGGAAAACCACCUGGUGUAGCUAGAAGUUUACAGCAGCGAUUAGAAGAAUUAAAUAAGAAAGAUCCAGAAUUAUCGUUACGUGUGGAUAUUGGAUUCCCUCAAAAAUCCGUAUCACGAUCAGAGGAAUUAGCGAAGAGAAUCAGUCAUGCAAAAGAACAAAGAAAAAAUCCAGAACUUGAAAAAUUGGCGAGAAGCAAACAACUAAAAGUUAAUUUGGAUGAUGUUAAUGCCGAAUGGUUACAGACAUCCGGACCUUACCAAAUACGACGAAUAGCCGAACAUUACGGCGUUUUUGAGCAUUUAUUCGGUGAAGCUUAUUUCACUCCCAGAACAAUUUUAAAUAUUACCUAUCCUGUAUCAGACGAUGAAGUUUUACCUGUUUAUUAUGGAAAUUUAUUAAAACCAGCUGAUACUAAAAAUGUACCGAGUGUAGAAUUUGAGAGCGAACCAAAUACUUUGUGGACAUUGAUAUUAACAAAUCCAGAUGGACAUUUUACUAAACAAAACGCUGAAUAUUGUCACUGGUUUGUUGGAAAUAUUCCUGAUGGAGAUGUAUCAAAAGGUGAAACGAUAUUCGAAUAUUUACAACCAUUUCCACCACGAGGAACAGGAUUUCAUCGUUUCAUUUUCAUUUUAUACAAACAAGACAAGAAAAUUGAUUAUUCAAGUCUGAAAAAAUCUGGACCAUGCUUAAAUUUGGAAGACAGAACGUUUUUAACUCUAGAGUUUUAUCGGGAACGCCAAGAUUUUAUGACACCAAGUGGAUUAGCAUUCUUCCAAGCAGAUUGGGAUAAUUCAUUAAUCGAUUUCUAUCAUAAAACAUUAAAUAUGCGUGAACCUUCAUUCGAAUAUGAUUUCCCUCCACCAUACAUACGACCACAAGAAUGGUUUCCUCUACGUAAACCGUUUAAUAUAUAUAUGGAUAAAUACAGAGAUCCGAAAAAAAUUACCGAAGAAUUAUUUCUUAAGAAAUUAAAGAAAACAAAUCCAUUUAAAGGUUCAGAACCACCUUUACCGUUUCCAAAUGCAGAGCCCUUGGAUAAAAGAAUACCGUCUUGGUUAAAAACUGAAAUUCGGAAACAACGUUUGGGAUGGGGUCGAAUUAAUGAUGUAUAAUUAUGAAAUGUUUUUAUAAAUAAAGUAGAUAUUAAGAUA